GUUAUUUUCAAAAAUUAUAACAUCGUCCUUCUUUUGGUCACUAUUAGUACCAGCGAAUAAAUUUGUGGUCCACGAGAAUAACGAUGUAACAAGUUGGCAUAUCUGACGUGGGACAGAAGAUCAAAAUCAAGUAAACCGUGGCAUACACGUAAGACUCCAAACAUCUUUCACACCACACGUUUAGAUACGCUUCUUCUUACUCCCACGUGUCAAUUCUCUAUCUCUCUCUAAACCUCUUCUUUCUCUCUCAUCCUCUUCUUUCCUCUCCUCUCGCCCAGUAGAAAAUUUGUGCUAGUUGUUUAACUACUUGUUCUCUGGAUUGCUAUAUUUCUGGUGCUCAUUUUCUGAGAUUCUUUGUAAUUUUAAUUUUGUGGGAGUUGAUUUUGUGAAUUUGAUCUGAGUUUGAAUUUGGAUUUACUGAUUUGCGAGUGGAAUUGGAGCAUGAUGGGGUGAACUGUUGUCUUCUGAAGAUGUUUGAUUGGGACGAUCAAGAGCUAGCAAAUAUUUUAUGGGGUGAAGAUAGGGAAGCUGAUGGUCACAUUAUCCCGUAUUCAGAAGAUAUUGAGAAACAAGUGCUGUCUGAUUAUGGCAACAAAGAUCAAAAGACACAAAUUGGGGAAAAUUCAAAAGGCAAGGAUGCUGAAAACAACAUAUCUAAUUCAAAUUUUGUUGUAAAUGGAAGUAAAAGAGAUAAGAAUGAUAUUCUUUCUUCUUCAGGAGCAAUUAUCGAUUCUCAACUUGAUAUGCCAUCAUUAUCUACUUCAAAAACUGAGAAUGGGGACAUAGCUAAGAGAAGUCAGCUGGCUAUUGGCUCUGAGAAUUCCCCUAAUCAUCUUGAAGACAAGGAACUUGAUCUGGUUGGAAACAGCUGGGCUAGCAUUGGAAGUUUUGAUGAUCUUGAUCGGAUAUUUAGCAACGAUGGACUACAGGGGGACAUAAGUCUCGGCAGCACAGAUGAGCUUUGGUCUUCACCUAAGAAUCCUCUGAGUGGAGUGGCUAAAUGCUCCUCUGCAGCUCUGGGAUCAACAAACUGGGAAUUUGGAACUUUAGGAAGCACCUCUAAUAUUGAUAACAAUUAUGAAUUCCUGCGCAAUGAAAACCCCUCUUCAACAACUAGUUCUCAAAAGCAAGAUCGCCGCUCUCCGUACUCCCGGCACAAUAUUGUAAGACAUGUUGAAAAAGAGGAAUCUGCUGUGGGAACCACAGAUUUGGCGGACAAAAAGGAGAAAUUGUCUAAAAUCAAAAUAAAACAGGAGAAGGCAGCUAAGAGAGCAAUUGAUUUUCAAUCAUCUGCAUCAAACUUUUCACAAAUUGAUUGCCAGUGUGCUCCAGCAACACUACAAAAUUAUUCAGCAUCUUUUUCUAGUCAACAACACUUGUCUUGGAAUUUUGAUCCCAUGCCAUAUCAACAUUUUUCUACUCCGAAUAAUGUUGCUUAUGCAUUUGGAAAAUUCAGUAGUACACAUCCAGUCAUGGACAUGAAAAAUGUAACGGAAGAUGAACACCAUUCUAUUCUCUCUGGUUCUGAAGGUAGUCCUGGUAAUGUAAUUUCUUUGAACAAGCCAAUUGAAACUAGUACAAAACCCACAAAAAUGACCCCUCGAGAGAAGAUUGAAAAACUAAGGCGGCGUCAGCAAAUGCGAGCAAUGCUUGCUAUCCAGAAACAACAGCUGCGUUUGGGUCAGCAGGCUUCAAAUGGGGAUUUCAACAUAUCUGAUAAAAGAUGCCAGGAUGAUCAAGUUCAGCAGAUAGGAAAAGGUGAUCUGGUGCCUGAUGAGAUCUUAAGCGGUCUUCCAUGCUGCGACCCAGGUUCUCCGAAUAAAUGGGAGGAUUCUAGUAAGAUUUCCAGCAUUGAAGAUCAUUCAGUGGAAGACACAGUUCUCUACCAACUUCAAGAUAUCAUAUCAAGACUUGAUAUGAAAAUAAGGCUGUGUAUAAGAGACAGCUUAUAUCGUUUGGCUCAUACUGCUACUCAAAGAUACUACGCCAGCAACUUGAGCAGUACUAAAAGGAGUAGCACAUAUGAACAUGAUAGUGCUAAGGAAGAGACAAAAAGUAGUGAAAGAUUUGCUGGUAAUGUAAAUGUGGAGACUGAGACCAAUCAGAUAGACCGAGCUGUGGCUCACUUGCUCUUUCAUCGACCCCUCAAAUUGCCUGUUAGGCUUUCUGAGACACCAGAGUCCUCCACAUCAACAAAAGUCUCAACGGAACAAGAAACAGCUACUCCAAGCAGCCUUUCAGUUGAUCUAUUAGGAAAGAGCUCCGAAUAUGAGUAUGAUCUUACUCCACUUGGACCAAAAAGUCCUCGUAUAUUUGUGGAUUCCCAUGAGGAAGAUACCUCCAAUGAUGUAUCUCAAAAAGUGAUGAGAGCUUAUCCACGCAUGAAGCAAAUGACAGCAGAGCAUGCAGACUAAACUUUGUUGGCAAUCGAAGAGACUUUAAUCGGAUGUUAAGGGUAAUUCCUUCCUUUAUUUCUUCGUAGUUAAUGAAUUUGUAUUUGUAAGAGGAUUCUUGUAAUUGGGUGGUUACCUUUCUUUGUCAGCCAAAAUGGUCUUUGCAAGGCGCAUGAAUGGAGGAUAUAGAAUAUAUUUGCUGCAGACCAAGCCAUCUGUUUAAGUGACUUCAACCUGUAUAUCUAGCUCUUCAUCAAAUCUUCUAAAAGUAAUUAUUUACUGAUUUCUAUUUAUGGUAUGUCUGUUUCAAAUGAAGCUACCUGACUUCAUGGUAGUAGAUCCACGUACAGCCUUAGUGCUGACAUUAUGAUCUAUAGGCUGUUGAUUCCUUAUAAUAUAUGUAAAUUUCCGAGAUGGAUUUUUCAGUAUGAUCUUAGCCGCCAUUUUGGUUA